GCAGAGAGGGUCGAGUAUCGCCGAUGCCUGGAGUUCGUGCUUCCCGUUUGGUUCGGUGGUAGUCAUUUGGUAGUCAUCUGUGUCGCCUUGGCCGUCGCGAGACGUUGAUACAGAGAGUGGAAAGCUGACCGGGCGAUUUCCUGGCAGUCCGAGAUCGGCGCAUCCUGGUAACCUCGUCGGCUGAUACCUGGAAGAAAUUGGUCGAUUACAGUGUCGUGGCGACUGACGACUGACGUAACGUCGUCCCGACUAAAAAACACACCUUAGGUAUUAAGUGUCAGAUUAUUCGACGCCAUGUUCUCCGGUCUAACCAGCCAGGUGUCCAAUUGGAUGGGCAAGAAGAACGACGACGGCACGGAAACCCCUGUCGAGGAAAAGCAGCAAGCCGCCGGAUCCCCAGGAGCCGAACCCGAGCUUGAGGCCGAGAAAAAGGAUUCUAGCCCCACGAAAGGAAGCAAGCUCGAGAUGCUGGCCGGAGUGAAAUCGCAGAUGUCCGGUUGGCUGAGCGGAGGAAUUCCGGGGCUGAGUCGCGGCGCCGGAGGCGCUGGGCAAGCGGAAGGUGAGCUUCCGGCGUCUUCCGAAACCGCGGAAAGCCAAACAUCGCGGGAAAGCGUUCAGGGUUCCGCAUCUGACCAUGUAAAAGACGAUGAUGCUAGCAGGUGGGUUGCUGGUGCGACUGGUGGUGCCGACAGCGGACCUGCCAGUCUCGAGGGAACUCCAACCGACGACAAGGACGGGCAGCAGCCAUUCGGCGCUGUAUCAACCAAAGCAAUAGCCGGAGCGAAAAGCCUCGGUGGAUUUCUUUACAGCGCAGUCAACAAGGCUGGAAAAUCGGUGGUCGAAGCUAGUGCAAAGAUCAAGAAGACAGUCGAGGAGAAUGUCAGCAAUCAGAGUCUCCUCGGCGAGUUCAACAAGGAGCAGGACGCCUUCAUCGCCAGUAAGCAGGGUGAAAAAGGAGAGGCUGUUGCGCCCUGGGUGGGAGCGCCAAACGAGGAAGCUCUUCGCGAGGAGUGCUUAGCCCUAUCAACUGACCGACGUAAUUUCGUCAGAGCUCCACCACCGGGUGUCGAAUUUGUCUGGGAUUUCGAGGCUGCUCAGCCAGUGGCGCAAGCCACCCUUGCGUUAGAUCCGAACUUGGAAACAAUGAGGUUCGAGCUGGUGCCUAAAGUGAUAUCGGAGGAGAACUUCUGGCGUAAUUAUUUCUACCGAGUAUCACUGUUGCGCCAGAGUCACGAACUCAACGCAAUGGCUAGUCAAACGGAAAGCAAUCAGAACCUUAUAUCGGCAGGCAGCAUCGAUCAUACUCAAGAUGACCAGGUGAAGAAGCCUGAGGACCGAACAGCACCGGAGCCAACUAGCGAGGACCAGGAAUCUUCGACAGUCGAUUCGCCAGGUCAUGAAUUUGUAUCAGACACAAUGAGGGCUUCUGAUAUGGAUAUUCAGGAGGUUAGAGAGGGGAUGAAGAAACUGGGAAUGCAGCCACCCGAAGAAGAAGAAUGGGAACGAGAAUUGGAAGCGAGACUUCGAGACUUCGAGGUCGUUCCUGGACCGGAGAAAACAGCGACGACUGGAGGAACUGGAUCUUCGAAAGACGGUACAUUGGGGAAGGAUGACUGGGAGGAACAAAUCGACAAGUUGCUCGACGAAGAGGAUGAUCUCAAGUGAACUGCCUAGUCAUCGACGAGGAUCUCUGCUAGUAAUUGACCUCGAUGCUUCUUCACUUACCUUAUUAUUCUUUCAUUCAUUCAUACGCAAUAAAUAAGAUCGAGUGGUUAAAAAAA